AUCGUCCCUUCCUCACCACUCAACACCUCCUCACUCAUCAUCUUCUACCACUGGCCUCGACUUCCUUGUGCAGCCCAAUAUGGGCUGCUCAAUCUGUCUCGAGGGAUUCACCGAAGAAGAUGUAGGGGACACAAGACCAGCCUGCCUGCCAUGUGGGCACCUCUAUCAUCUGGCUUGUGCAAAGACGUGGCUACAGACCAGCCAACGCGACUACUGCCCUCUAUGCGGCAAGACGCCUGGUAAAACGACCAAGGUGACAGACCUCCUAUCCCUCUAUCCAAGCGCUCCUCACGACGUCAAUGCCAUCCAAGCGGCCAUCAACAGCGAUGACACGAGCUGGAUGUCGGCCCUCAAGGGCUUCACCCAUGCCGAAGCCCACCAGCUCUUUGAUAAUCUCACCGAUCUGACCACGGAUCUCCAGACCUGGAUCUCGGCAACAGUAGGCGUCAGGGUGGUAGCAACCAAGAGAGCAGGAGAGAAGGUGUACAGACUCAUCGCUGCGACGGCCAACGAUGAAGAGAAAGUUCUCGCUUUCGAGGAAGCUAUGUUACAACUCGAUGAAGUGAUUCAGCUUUUCGACGAGAAGGCUUCGAAGUUAGACGAGCAGAUGGAAAAGGUCGAAAAGCAACGUUCCGAACUAGCAGCCAACAAGAAGCGCUUUGCCGAACACAUUGCGAAGCACAAUGAUCGUCUAGCUCGCGCUGCAGCUCACGAAGCCGCAAACGAAACGCGUAGCGCUGAGCUUCGUGCACGGAAGGAGAAGCUCCUUGCUGAACAGGAAGCAUGGGCCGACACCAAGAAACGCAUGGAAGUCGAAGUCUCAAGGGCCAAAGAGAAGGCACUCGAGAGCGCCCAGUCUGCUACUCGAGCACACGUUGAGGCUCGACAGACAGUAGCAGCAAAGGAGAUAGAGGUGCAGCGCAAGAAGACCGAGGCCGAGGAAAUGGUUGCCGCUGCCGUGGCACGACAGAGGGAAGCCGAAGCGGAGCGAGAAGAGACCAGGGCAAAGAACAAUGCCUUGGCAGAGACUAUGAGGACCCUUCAGAGGCAACUUCAGGAGCAGAGGAACUCCAGACUGGAGGAGAAGAAGAAGCGCCGAAAGGAGCAGGACGAGCAUCACACAGAGGUGCAACGACUGCAGAGUCGUCUGACCGCUGCUGAGGCUCAGCUUCGCACUCAAGGACCGGAAGGCAGUGACAGGCUAGCCAGCCGACAUCACUCCCCUAGUGCCACUGACCUCUUGCAAGCCUCACCCGUUCUUUCUCGAGGCCACAAGAGGUCAACUCCAUCGGUCUCAAGUGUAAUGGAAGCAGACGGGUCCAUGUCACUGGUAAUCGAGAUGCCCAAGUUGGGCAAAGCAUCACGACGCGGAGCUGACGAUGGAUGGGACUCAGACGAAGUCGACUCCUUACCAAUGCCGGGCAUGCCACGCCAUCGCGGUGCUGCUUCCUUGACCAAGUCAUUUUCGCAUCAUAGUUCCCUCUCGAUGCGUCAGCCUCUCACAACGAAGUGCAACUCAGUAGACACCAACUCUUCUACCAUCGGAUCUCUCGCCGCUGAUGGCGUACCCAACCAUCGUCCCGUGGGCAAGCUUCGCAGGACUGACCCGGCCACGGCGGAUAUGAGCAAAAGGUCGGCCGCCGGACCUAGACAAAGGGUCAAGGAAGGCGGGUACUGAUCCCCCACUCGCGUGCACACGCAUAGCAUACCACACCUUUAGGUCUCUAGAACCAGCAUCGUCUCGACUCAGCAUUCCCCACCCUGUAUACUCUUCCUCAAGCAAGCAUGAUACCUGUCACCCAAUUGUCUACAUAGACGACCCUUAGAGAUCCAGCUCCAUUCUGCGAGGCGUUUUCAAUGUAAAAGUUUGUCAUUGCGAGGCAAAUCUCAUCCGAGCAGG